UAAGGCACGGUAACCACCCUCAGAAAACUUACAAUCUAAAGUGGUAAGGAUUAUAAAAUGUAUUCAGAAGAUAGUUCAAAAUAAAAAGCCGAUUCUAAACCAGGUACUGUAUGAAUUAUUACAUUUACAUCUCACAUCCAGCCUGUAUAGAACUAGGAUGACUUUUCACAGAUGAUGAAACUGAGUUGAGAUUAAUUUUCUGUCCAGUAUCAUACAGAUCAUUAACACUGAAACUGGGAUUUCAAAUGAUCCUGAAGUAGGUGAUCUUUGCUUUAUCACACGCUGCUGACAUACUAUUUCCUACAUGUCAGGUCAUUAAGCUGCCAGAUUUCUGCCUUGACAGCCCACGGAGCUCUCAUGGACCAUGGGCAUGGAGGGCCUUCUCCAGAACUCCACUAACUUCGUCCUCAUAGGCCUCAUCACCCAUCCUGCCUUCCCCGGGCUUCUCUUUGCAAUAGUCUUCUCCAUCUUUGUGGUGGCAAUAGCAGCCAACGUGGUCAUGAUUCUGCUCAUCCAUGUGGACUCCCGCCUCCACACUCCCAUGUACUUCUUGCUCAGCCAGCUCUCCAUCAUGGACACCAUCUACAUCUGUAUCACGGUCCCCAAGAUGCUCCAGGACCUCCUGUCCCAGGACAAGACCAUUUCCUUCCUGGGCUGCGCACUUCAGAUCUUCCUCUAGCUGACCCUGAUUGGAGGGGAAUUCUUCCUGCUGGGUCUCAUGGCCUAUGACCGGUACGUGGCUGUGUGCCACCCUCUCCGGUACCCUCUCCUCAUGAACCGCAGGCUCUGCUUAUUCAUGGUGGGCGGCUCCUGGGUGGGCGGCUCCUUGGAUGGGUUCAUGCUGACGCCUGUCACUAUGAGUUUCCCCUUCUGUAGCUCCCGAGAGAUCAAUCACUUUUUCUGUGAGAUCCCAGCCGUGCUGAGGUUGUCGUGCACAGACACGUCGCUCUACGAGACCCUGAUGUAUGCCUGCUGCGUGCUGAUGCUGAUGCUCCCUGUGUCCGUCAUCUCCGUGUCCUACACGCGCAUCCUCCUGACUGUCCACCGGAUGAACUCUGCCGAGGGCCGGCGCAAAGCCUUUGCUACGUGUUCCUCCCACGUCAUGGUGGUGAGCAUUUUCUACGGGGCGGCCUUCUACACCAACGUGCUGCCCCACUCCUACCACACCCCAGAGAAGGACAAAGUGGUGUCCGCCUUCUACACCAUCCUCACCCCCAUGCUCAACCCACUCAUCUACAGCUUGAGGAAUCAAGAGGUGGCCGCGGCUCUGAGGAAAGUGCUGGGGAGAUGUGGCUCCUCCCAGAGCAUCAGGGUGGGGACUGUGAUCAGGAAGGACUAGCGGGGACUCUGCAAACAUCUGCGGUGCUGCGGCCAAUGAUGCAGCUAUUCCAGAAAAUACGGUAUUGGUUCUGAAGCUCAGGGUGGCGACUGUGACCAGGAAGGACUAGCGGGGACUCCCAGGGCAUCAGGGUGGGGACUGUGAUCAGGGAGGACUAGUGGGGACUCUGCAAACCUCCGCAGUGCUGCAACCAAUAACGCAGCUAUUUCAGAACAUACGGUAUUGCUUCUGAAGAAUGUUGUCACUUAGCUAAUUCAAAAUUAUUAACAGGCAAAAUCAUCCUGUUGCAAGGAUUACUUGCUAACAAUAGCAAAGCUGGGGAGCA